GAGUUUUAAUACUUUCAACACUAAUUACAGGAUGUUCUGUAUACAACGUUAUCCCUAAAGUUAUAUUUAACCAACUUAACUUUUCGAAAUGAGUAAUUUCGUUGUUGUGAACUGGGGUCAGGAGGGUAAGAAGUCAACAGGAGUUUCGAUAGUGAACAAAGAAGAUUUACAAAGUAGAGCAGCUGUUGGACAGAUGGUUCAAGUAAAGUACAAUACAAAAACUUUUCCAGCUAGAGUUAUUGCUUUUGCAGCUGACGAGGCCAUCGCUGAAGUUAGAUUGAGGGAGUACUGUGCGAAGGGUCCAGAUAAUAAUAUUUCCAUCCAGAACAAGGUCCAGAAAAGAAAAGCAAUCCCGGCCGCUGAGGAUCCGGAUGUAAUAACAUGCGGGAAAAGUAAGAAGACGAAGGCCCCCACCACCAAGGCUUUUCCUGAGGAAAAGACUCCAGCAAAGAAAGUGGUCCAGAAAAGAAAAGCAAUCCCGGCUGAGAAAGUGAAGGUCCAGAAAAGAAAAGCAAUCCCGGCCGCUGAGGAUCCGGAUGUAAUGACAUGCGGGAAAAGGAAGAAGACGAAGGCCCCCACCACCAAGGCAUUUCCUGAGAACGAGUUACCAUCUCAUAUAGCUGAGAUGGCUCUAGAUAUAGAGGAUGAGCAUCGCCAGAAGCAGCCGACUACUCCUCAACCAACACGUCCAGUGCUAGCGGUACCCAACGACAAGAGAAGAAGUUCGACUUAAACCAUGUGGUGGUGGGAAUGGAGUAAGACUAUCCGACUGUGAAAGACAGUAGAGUACAUCGUGGUGAGAUUCUUCCAUCUAAAUAUUUUGAACUCGGCAGUACCUAGAUAGAGCGACCCCUGUUCGCGAACAAUUGUCACAAACACCUCAACACCUGUUGCUUGAUUAAGGGGAUACUGUUAUUAUGCAGUAAUAUGAUCUGGUAGACAGGUGUUCGUGGACAGUAAUUCGCGGACAGUUGUUCGUGGACAGGGGUCGGGCUAUCUAGAUACUGCCUUGAACUCGCUACGAGCUACGAGCUCAAUCAAUCGUAACUAGGUAGCGCAAACCUAGUGACAGGCUCUGCACGCCACCGUAGCUUGGAGCUCGUUGCGAGCUAUGCACGCCACUAGUAACCAUGGUUCGUUACUUUUUGAUUGCAAGUUAAUAGCAGUACCCUAUAGCAGUAACAAAGCAUGUUGUUGUGCCAUCAACUUGAUCAAUGGUGUCAUUUACGAAAGCUUCUUGAAUGUUUGUUUCAACUUGUCUUCACACAGGUCCGUAGUCGCGGCUUUGUUUCAACACAACACAGCAACUGGUUAACAAAUAACAAUUAUGUAUCAAUCCACGACGUCGUUUAAUAUUACCAUCUCGAAGUUAUACAAGAAGAAUUACCAUCUCGAAGUUAUACAAGAAGAAUGACAUGAACUAGUUUUUGUAACUUGUACAGCUCUGGUAAGAGCUUUUCUUUUCAGAUAUUUGUGCUCUGUCAGAUCAAUUGUUGAAUCUGAUGAUUUUAGUGACGGCUUCAGUAUGAAUCGGCACGUUGCAAAAUAUUUGUUCAAAAUAUUUGACUUUGCCUUUACGACCGCUUCAAUAGUCUCAGAAACCGAAUUCCAAAUUUGAAUGACAUAUUAUUUGACAUUUGCAUUAAAACUUAAGCGUAAAACCUGCUUGUAGAACUUUUAAACCAAUGUUCUUCUCUCCUCCCACCAAUUAAGACUUAAGAUCAUCCUUUCUGCAAAAAAGCUGUAUAUUUAUACAAAUAACUUCGUUAAAUAAGAUUCUUUCUUUCAAGCCUGAAGCUGAGUUUGCUGUGACUUUCAUGAAGAAAGCAACACUUUCUUCUUUUCCAUGGAAAGUAAUGGCUUUUACCAUACAUGAAUAUAAUCUCAAAUAAUCUCAAAAUAAUGUCCGAUUUAAUCCAUUCAUCGUUGGCGAGAUGCUAUUUAUUAGCAGAUGGAUUCCCGUAAAGUUUUCUUCACUAUUGAAGUAGUCAAACUCAGAAAAGGUGGACAAUAUCAAGGCAUCGCACAGUUGGGAGAGAACACCUGAAACAUAGCACCAUUAUUAUAUAAAAAUAGUUUUACUUUUUUUGAAUAACGGUUGUUCCAGCUCGGAAAACUUCAAACCUUUUUAACUUGAAGGCUUUUUCAACAAAUACUUUGGUUUUAACACAGUAAUUAUAUACUGUCUACUACCAUUCGUUUACUAUCCGGUCAAGGCGUUAUUGUUCAGUUCAUGCAGUAUUUUAAUACUUUCAACACUACAGUACUAUAUAAUAACAAAUAAUUUGAGAUCAUGAAUUCGAUGUAGUUACAUUGAAACGUCGAGUAAACUCCUUUCCCUAAUAAGAGCAUUUUUACUUGUUGCAUGAACCGGGAUAAAGAUAAUUUUACACAGAAUACAUUACAACAAUGCGACUCAUAAACAUUAAACAAUAGUCCAAUCCGGAUUUUACAUGGUAAUUCAAUAUUAUAUAUGAAAUGUGCGGUCUAAAUCAAUGCCAGUUCCAUCCAGACGCUAUUCCUACACAGUGCCUGGAGCAUGAUGGGUAACCUGUGUGUCCACAGUGUCCUCAACAGGUAAUAUUUGCUAGUUUAAUCUAAUUUUGUUGAAGAGCAGUUUAAUCAUCCUAAAUUAUGGAGAUGGUUGUUUUACCAAGUUUUUAUUUCAAGAAUUUUUCACACGCUAUCAGCAAAAUGUCGGAAUAUUGUAAUCCCACCACCUACCAGGUACGGUAAAACACUCGACUUGGUUUGUGACCAGAUUGACGAUUGUAGGAAACUGAACAGAACAUCGCCACAGAUCUUAUACCCAUGAAAUCAGAGUUGCAAAAGGAGUUUGGUUAUUUUCACGGUGUAUUGCAGCAGUUGAGUAACGUUGCCUGUUGGCGCACACUGCGAAAAUGCACCCCCCCCCCCCCCCCCCCCCUGUUGGCGCCCCUCCCUAAAAUUGAACAAAUUAGGUGAUUUUAGAGAGUUUAGAGGACACGGUAAAAUCUCUAAAAAAGUGUGUUUCUAGAGCAAAACGUACAGUUUUACUAGUAUGUUAGUAUAGUACCUUAGUUAAGUUUUUCAAAAUUGUCCCACAUUCAAACGACAAGUUUUCGUAAACUCCCCCCCCCCCCCUCCCCCCCCCCCCCCCCCCCAGUCCGCACAGCGGGGUCAGCGGGGCUCUUCGUUACACCCUUCGUUACGCCACUGUAUUGCAUGUCAGAGAGCAAGCUUUGUUGGGCACUCUUGAUAACGCACAAUCAAAAACUACGACUACGGAGCCUCUUUUAAUUACAGAUUACGAAGUUCUAAUCUAAAGAGCCGGAAGACAUGAUCUUCUUCUGAACGGGUGGUCGCAGCCAACAGCUGACUGAAAUUAUGAUUUUAGGGUUUUUGAAGGACUAUUAUUUAAAAACAAAAAUGAGUUAUAUAUUGGAUAUUUUUAGAGCCAAUACUAAGACUAUAACGUACAGUAUUUUCAUUUUGUUGUAAUUUGAGAUUCGAAACUCUGUGUACUUCUUUAUAUAAUAUAAAGAAAUUGUGUAUAUAACAUUCACUUUGAAAUUUUGUCGC